UUAAAACAAGCUGGAUUUACAAUUAUUGAUGAUUAAAUAUUGUUAUUGUUGCAUUCAAAAGAGAAAUGUCUUGAGUACAUAGUACGAAUUAGAUUGGGAGUGUUAUUUUAAUUAAUUACCAUGGAAAGGGGCAAAAUGUCGUCGAGUGGCCGGGGAGGAAAGAGCAAAGCCCCUCAGCAUCCCCAGGACAUUUUUGCACUCGGGAGCAAGUCUACUGUCGUCGUCUCAAGGGACUCUGAAAAAAGGAACAUACACAAACCGUCAACCAGCGGUGUUGGGGAAAGAAAACGUGAAACUUCGAGUUUUGGUACUCAGCCCCCGAGUAAAAGGGCUCGAAUAGGGUCUCCAGCUGAAGCCAUAUCUGGGACAUCCUUAGAGAUAGACCCUGUAGACUUGGUACCUAAUGUGUUGCAAGCUUUGGAUACACAUAAUUCUGACAAGCUCUUGGGUUUGCUAACAGGCUCUAUACGCUUACUGAAAUCACAAAGGUCUAAACCGGACCCAAUUCUUUGUAUGAGCUUGCUGUACCUCACUAAAAUAAGACCAAACAUGUUCGCUCACGAGACAGUUACACAAACUUUGUGUACACUUCUAAAGAGGGAGCAGGGCACAGCCUUUAAGAGCAAAGGGAAUCCACUGGUGUUCGUACUGGCCUGUAAUAUGCUGUACGCUGGCCACAAAGACAGCAAUAGUUGGCCUGACAUAUUUAUAAAGGUUUACAUUGAAGACGCAUUGAAUGAGAGAUGGUGGGUGGAGUGUUUGUGGUGCAAAUGUCUGGUGGAGAACAUUGUCACUGCUUUUGGCACCAAACAUCCUCCUCCCCACUUGAUACCCACUGAGAGUUCUAUAGGCACCAUGUCUCCAUCCGGAGCUGGCUCACCUCUCAUGGGGAACGUUGAAGAGGAAACUGAUAACACUGAACUCGAAUACUCUGUGUUUCCCAGGUAUUCAAGCAGCUAUGAGAGUGUGGAGACACUGGUCCUGGAGGCCAUCAAGGAGCAGAUACAGCGGCGCGCCGCCCCCGACGCCAUCGGCAAGGGCUUCCUCAAGCUGCUGUCGGCCACCUGCGGCUUUCCGGAGAUAAGAAUGAUAGCUGCGUCGCGGCUGGAGGCGUGGCUGCACUCGGGCAAGCUGUGGCGCGCGGCGCAGGAACUGCUCGCCCACGUGUGCACCAACGCGCGCGCCUCCGGGCCCAGCGCCGCGCGCGACCACGAGGUGCUGGCCCAGCUGGCGCGCAUGCGGCUCAAGACCAAGCCGCUGCAGGCCGCCUACCAGGCUUGCCUGCGCGACAUGGUCGCCGACAGCCCCGCCCUGCUGCGCGGCGUCGUCACCCACACCGUGUACAACGAGCUGUCGGCAGCGCGCGCGCCCCACAACAUGGCCGUGCUGGCCGCGCUCGUGGCCGCGCAGCCGCAGCUGGCGCCCGCCGCGCUCGCCGACACCUACGCCGAGCUGGCGCUGCGGGCCGAUGACUACUUGCGGCCGCUGCGCGCCCUCACCCGGGAGCUGGUGCGCGCCGCCCGCGCCGACUCCGCGCUCCUGCCGCUGGCGCGCGCGCUGGCCGCCCCGCCGCCGCACGACCCGCCGCCCGAGCUGCGCGAGCGCGCCUUUCACGCGCUCACCGACCUGUUCUGCCUGUGCUGUCUGCUGGCCGCGCAGCACGGGCGCCAGCGGGCCCAGCUGUGCGCGCUUCAGCAGCACGCACUGGCGUGGCUGCUGGACACGGCGGUGCCGGUGUACCGGCCGGCGCGCGCCGACCUGCUUGCCGCCCUGCACAAGAUCAUGUUCGUGGAGCCGCCCGAGGCGUACAGCAAGCUGGACAACUGGCCGCCGGAGUCGGAGCGCGCGCUCACGUACCGGCUGUGCUGCGAGGCGCCGCUGCCGCAGAACACGCUGUUGCGGCUCGUGUUCAUCGGGCUGUCGAAGGAGAUCCCGGUGUCGAGUACGGAGGUGUUCGAGCUGGUGGAGCAGCUGGUGCGGCGGGCGUGCGCGCUGCCGCCCGACGACGCGCCGCUGCAGGUAGACAAGCUGGAGGUGGCGGAGUACGUGUUCCAGCUGUGCCAGUUCCACCCGCCCGACAACAUCACGCUGCCGGCCGGCUACGCGCCGCCGCCGCUGGCCAUCACCUCGCUAUACUGGCGCGGCUGGAUGCUGCUGGUCAUGAUCGCCGCGCACAACCCGCAAGGCUUCGCUGAGCGCGCCGCCAACGCCUACCCCACGCUCCGCGCGCUCAUUGAGUUCUGCAUCACCGGCAAACCAUCAAUCGAGUGGGGCAGCGCGGCGACGGAGGCGGAGCGCGCGGAGACCGAGCGGGCGGCGAUCCUCGGGCUGGAGACGCACUUGGCGGCCGCCGGCGGCGCCAAGACGCCCGUCAGCGAGCACGCGUCGCGCCUGCUGGCCCAGCUCACCGCGCUGGAGCCCGCCGGCCCGCCGCGCCGCCCGCCCGCCGCCGCCCUCGACGCCCUCGCCGCCCUGUCGCAGCAGCUGCGCCUGGCGCGCCUGCUGUGCCGCCAGCCCGCGCUGCUGCUGCGCCUAGUGGAGCGGCAUGGCACGCGGCGCGCGCUGCCCUGGCUGCACCAGCUGCUGCGCCACGAGCGGCUGGAGCUGCACGCGCUGCCAGUGCAGUGCCUGUGCGAGCUACUGGGCGCCGGCGCGGACGGCAAGGCGCCGGAGCUGGCCGCUCACCUGCGCCGCACGCUCCAGCAGCCGGACGGCGCGCGGGCGGUGCUGCACUACUACAUGCAGCGCCUGGCGCACCAUCACGCGCCCACCCGCGCCGCCGCCAACAGGGGCCUUAAACUCGUGCUGUCGCCGUCCGACGAUAGCACAGAAAUGGACUACAACGCUGACGUCAGCCCCGAGGAGUGGCUGAGCCUGGUGGAGGGGCUGCAGCACUGGGACGCGCUGAAGGCGGAGGCGCUGCGGCGGGUGCGCGCGGCCUGCCUGGUGGAGUGCGCGCCCGCGCACGUCGCCGCCUACCUCGUGUUCCUCGCCAAGCACGCCGACCGCCCGGCCACAGACCUCGUGCUGGACCUCAGCCAGGUGAUAAUGGAGCGCACGACUGUAAUGGGCUACGUGCUGCCGGCGGCGGAGGGCGAGCGCUCUGCGGCGCAGCACCGCGCGUUGCACGCGCUCACCGGCAUCUUCUACCGCCACCUGCGCGGCCUGCUCGAGGGCACCGCGGAGCCCGAGCCACCGGAGGAGGAGGGCGAGCCCAGCGCCUGGAGCGGCGGAGCGCGCCUGCUGCUGCAGUGGGCCACCGGCCGCCGGGCCGAACUGCACGCGCUCGUGGCGCACGCACACCUCAAGCUACUCUGCUACGGACCCUCCGCGCUGGACACGAACCAGGAGAUGUACGCGUGGCUGCAGAGCACGUGGGUGGAGGCGGCGAGCGGCGCAGCGGACGCCGGCAGCGCGGCGGAGGAGGAGCUGCUGCCGGACUGGCUGCGCCUGCACCUGGUGCGCUCGGCGCGCCCGCCGCUGCUGCAGGUCGGCCUGCGCGGCCUGCCUGCCCACAAGCUUGCGCUAUUCAUACAGACCUUCGGCAUGCCUGUGCCCUCCAUGAGUGCUCUGUUGGCGGCGCUGGACGCGUGUCCGGCGGGCGCGGUGGUGCGGCUGGGCGUGGAGCGCGGGUACAUGGCGCAGCUGCUGCGAGUGCAGCGCGCGCGCGGCGCCACCGGCGGCAACGCCUUCGCCGCCGCGCUGCGCCUGACGCGACCCACGCAUCCUCCAGAUGAAGCUCUAUUCGCGGAGCAGAGUCUGCCGGCGGAGGAGGAGGACGCGUGGGCGGAGCCGCUGACGGUGACGCCGCUGCGGGCCGAGGACGUGCCGGCGCUGCUCCGGGCUGCCUUCGACGCCAGCACGCCGCGACCGGACCUGCUCGACGGCUUCACGCACUUGCACCACAUGUUGUGUACGGAGGCGCGCUCGGGCGGUGGCGUGUACGUGCGCACGGCGCUGCAGUAUGUGCGCUCGCUGCCGCACCCCGCGCCGCUGCUGCGUCAGCCCGCGAUCGCUGCGCCGCUACUACGCGCCCUCGCCCUGGCCGCGCCCACCGAAGUUAUUGAGAUAUACAGCGCGCUGGUGGUGCAGUGCAAGCUGCUGCGCGGGCCCGUGGUGGAGGCGCUGCGGGCGGGCGCCGCGACGCACGACCCCGCCGCCGCCGCCCCGCCCCUACCACCGCUCACCACCAAGGAGCAGAUUGUUAAAGUGUUCGAGUCGUGCACGGCGAGCACGCUGGAGGCGGUGGGCACGCGCGUGAUCGAGCGAGCCGACACGCGGCUCGUCGUCGAUGCCAUCACCGAGCUGCUCACCAACAACCAGGACGGCCGAUACGAUCUACCCAUCAAGAUGGAGGCGGAGUUGGUAAGCGGCGCGCGCGAGCACGCGCUGUCGUCGCGCGGGCGCGGCUGCGGCCUGCUGCUGGACUGGCUGGCCGAGCUUCAGCGAGAGACGCUGGGCAGACAGGAGGCGCAGGUGCGGUUGAUGUUCGUGGCGGGCGGUGGGGCGUGGCGGCCACUGCUGGUGACGCUGCUGGCGCACCGCGCGUCCUGGCGCACGCUCGACGCCUGCCUGCGCACGCUGCUGCAACCUAAUGGGGGGUGGUCGGCGCCGGCGGUGCUGCGGUUCGCGGAGACGCUGGUGGGCAGCCCGCGCGUGUGGCAGGGCCGCGACCGCGCCACGCCCAAACACCAGCAGCCCGACGACCUGCUCCGACUCACACACCAACAGCUGGAAGUGCUAGUCCAGUACAUAAGCUCGGAGGCGACGGCGGCGGAGCGCGCGGGCGGGGCGGAGGCGGCGCGGCGGCGGGUGGAGGCCCGCCUGCCGCUGCUGCUGCGGUGCUGCCCCGCCCCCGACGCGCUGCUCACCGCCGCGCUCGCCGCACACCACGCCCACCCGCUGUUACUAUUGCUGCUGUACCUCAAGGUGCCGCGCGUGCUGCAGCUGCUGCGCGAGAGCGGGUCGCGGGCGGGCGACACGGCGCGCGGCGCGCUGGAGGCGGCGGCGGCCGCUGGGGGCGGGUCGGUGGGCGCGACCGCCGCACGCUCCACCAGCGCCACGGACCGCGUCAGCCACGCCCUGCUCACCGCCCUCGCUGCGCCCGCACCGCACUCUAAGGAGAACUCGCAGAAGGCCGUGCGGCUGGAGGCGGCGACGCGCGCGCUGUGGGCGCGGCAGUGGGGGGCGGGGGCGCGCGCGCUGCCGCUGGCGGGCGCGCUGCUGCGGGGGCUGCGACAGCGACACGCGCAGCUGCUCGCCGCCGUCGAGGUGCUGCCGGACGUCGACCUGUUCUCGCCGCACGCCAGCGAGGAGGUGCACAAGAUCCUCGAGAGUUUCCUGGAGCUGGUGGGUCAGCAGGCGGGGGGCGGGGGCGGCGGGGGCGGAGGCGGUCAGCUGGCGCACCGCGUCGGCGCGCUACUGCGCCGGUACCGCGCCGCCAGACCGCCCCGCGCCGCCGCGCUGCUCGCCGCCUACAGGGAUAUCAUCGCGUCGUCCCCAGCGCUAAGCGCGGCCACCGGCGGCGGCGGCGGUGAGAGCGCGUCGACCGCGCCGCCGCCGCACGCCCUGCAGGCGCUGCGGCGCCGCACCGCACCGCCCAUGGAGCUGCUGUGGCAUAUACAGGAGGUGGAGGCGUGGGGCGUGCGACGCGGCGGCGCGUGGGGCGGCGCGGCGGCGGCUGCGGCGCUGCUGCGGGCGACGGCGCCGCUCGCCGCCCACUCCUACCCGCCGCUGCGGUCGGCCGCGCUCUCGCUGCUCGUGAAGCUGCUGCCGGCCGUGCCAGAUACUUACCCAGCUCUGCGCGCGAUAGGGGAGUGCCUGGAGAGCAGCGAGGGCGGCGUGUGCGGCGGCGCGCUGGAGCGGCUGGCGGAGCUGGCGGCGGCGCUGCCCGAGCACGCGGCGCUGCUGCUGCUGCGCGUGUUCGAGCUCGCCGCCUCCGACCGCUUGCCCGCCGACCAGCCGCUCGCGCGCGCCCUCACCACGCUCAACCACCACCGCGGCUGCUAGACCACUUGUACAAUAUGUAUGUAGUUAAAGUUAUGGCAAAUCGCAGAAAGGGUUUACUGGAAGGUUUGACAUAAGAAGAAACAGCACGAGUGCUGCAACUACGACCCAUUGAAACUCAUGGGUUCGCGCAGAGUCUUGGCAACAGUUAGCAGCCACCAGUCCUGACUUGUAUGUAAA